AUUAAAAAUAUUUUUAUCAUAGGUAAGGUCAACAAUUGUACGCUUGAUCUUGUGAAGUAGUGAGCACUUAAUGUGAGGUGCUAAAUACCAUCAGUUCCUGUAGACUUCAGUGCAAGUUAGGGUUGUUAGCACCUCGUAGGAUCUGAUCCCAAAUACAUCAACUUUUCAAUCCCAGAGCAAACAUGCAAUUUUUACUGAUAAAUUUAAAGUAGAUUUUUUCAAGUUAAUUAAUAUUUCUAAAGAUCAGCUGUUAAAUGUCAUUUUUCAGAGGAUGUGCCGCCAUAAGGAUGCUGGUCCUUGGUCCAAUUGCAAAAAUUUAUCUUAGCUUUGAUAUUACUCAAAUUCUUUAACAUGCAUAAAAUUAAACAACUCUGAAAGAAGCAACAGCAUGCUUCUCAAUUAAAACAAAAGAAGCGAUCUCUGAAGUAGUCAGUAUCUUCAUAGCUGAAUUCUUGCAGUUACACCAAUAUAAGCGAAAUAAUUCGGCCCAAGAGAUUAUGGUCUUGUGUGAAGUACCUUGGCAUUACAGGCAAACUGACGCUUCCAAGUAUUCUUAAUAGUGUUUCACAAUAUAUACUUGGGGUCUGAGUCUUCUUUGCCUUUCUCUUGUAAGCCAUUUACGCUCCUGAAAAGUCAGUGGGAAAUGCUACCAUUCUGAUUAAGUUGCAUGUUACACCCAGUUUGCAUUGGAAUAACUGACUGCACAAACACAGGACAAAGGAAAAUCAGGUCCUUACUCUCUCAGAAUCAUGUUCUGCACAUUUAUAUAAAUCAACUAGAACGGGCAGUCUAUUUUAAAGCUCAAUUCACAAUCAAGUUUACCUUAGUACCCCUAGUUAUCCUGGUGAUGUGGGACAGGGUCAUUUAAGUUGAACAUAUUCUAGCAUCUGUGCUCAAAGCACAUAGUCAUGGUGUAUCAUUAGUCAUGGUGUAUCAACUUAAAUUAUAUCAAAAAACCAAAACCUUACGAUUAUAUUGUCUAGGAUGGAGCCUGGAUUUCAUCCUAAUUUUUUUCUCUCUUGUUAAGCUAGUAGGGGCAGGUGAAAGGUUUGGGAGAAAGAAUGUGCACUGAAAUCAAGAGAGCCAAUAUUUGUGAAUAUUGUGUAUGUGAUUACCUGAUUAAAAUAAAUACAUGGUCAUAAUUAAUUCUAAAAAUAUCAGUUCAGGAUCAGCAUGUUGCUUUAAGUGAAUAUUGUAUGGUAUUAAGAAUGUAGAUACAAUUUGGUUAGCAUUAUAGUUUACAAUGGACAGUUUUCCUAAAUCCUCUUAUCUGUAUAAGAUCCUGCACUCUUUGACAGGCAAAACUUCCAUAGCUUUACCAGCUGUUUUGACUGAGUAAGGAAUGGAGAAGCAUGUCUGUGAUAUGUGUAGAUUUAUUACAGCAUGAAGAGCUAAGAUUGCUCACUUGAUUUAUUAGUGUAUUAAACUUGUAGGAUACAAUAAAAUAUUUUAGUAACAAAAUAUCUUCUCAAAGAGAAAUAUCAAAUAUUGGCUAAGUAAGUUCCUCAGAAAAAAAAAUAAAACACCUAAGAUCAGGGAGAAAUUCAGACCCUUGCACAAUUCUAAGUAAUAUACAAAUGAAAUUGUGGCCAUUUGUGCCCAGGGCUGAAUUUGACUCCACUGAACUCAAUGGCAAUGACUUUGGGGCCAGGAUUUUACCCAUGUUGUAUAACCGUACUUCUUAGCAGGGACAAAAUUAUUCACAAGUAUACUAAAGAAGCAGAAAUUGCUUUUAAAGUCAUAUGUAGUUAGCAGUCCUGAUUUUGCUCUCACACUAGUUAUUCCUCUUUUUAAACUGACUUCCUCCAUUUAUUCAUUCAAAAUGGAGCUACUCCAGAUUUACACCAGUGUAAGUGAGAACAGGGUCAGGACCUACCAGAAUUCUUCAGAAUACUUGCUUCGUGGAAUAGAUGAGUAAAAAGAUUUGGAAACAGAACCAAGCUUGGCGCUGUCAACAAGCAUGACACAGGAAUAAUGGUGCUUCUCUUAUUGUAUCCAUUGAAGUCCAUCUAGUCAUCACUGAAGACAUUAACAUUAAAAUGGUAUAACUGGAUUCUUCUGAACGUAAUAUUCUAGAAAAAACCUGGUACUAAUGGCAGGCUCACUGCAGAAGCCAAAGAUUGAAUUGAAUGUGGAGACUAAACUGUCCCCUUUCAUCUCUAGAGGUUGUCCUUCCAAGACAAAAUUGACAUGGCUUGGUGGGAUGGUGUGAAGAAGUUUCCCCUGUCCCUACCUGUGUUGUAUCUAUCCCAUGAAGAAGGGAUUCAGUCUACAAUGCUAUCUGACAACUUUCACAAGUACUUAGUCAUUUUAUUUAAAAUAAGAAAAAAAAUUCACCAAAACUUUAUAUUAAGUUUCGUAGAAGAAAUAAAUGCAAAAAUAUUUGGCAUGCUUAUUAAAAGGUUGUCCAUUAUAUGAUGGAACUUACUUGGGAUUUGGUAAAACAGAGUGCAUUAAGAACAGAGUGAUCAGUGCAGAUUAGUUAUAAAGUACAAAGGAGCUACUAUUACUGAUAUUUGUUUUGAUAAGAUUCUCAAGUAGUCUAAGGUUGGUUUAAACUGGUUUGCUGCCUUUUGAAACAGUUCUAGGAAUUGAUUUUUGACAUUACUAACUGAAUAUAACAAACCCCACUGGCCCUAAAAGACCAAAUCCAAAUUUAUGACAGAAAGUGAUGUGCAGUUGUGAGCAAAGAAUCUUCAGAGGACAGGUGUCCACCUGAAAAAACGUCAUCACGAUAGGCACUGUUGCUGGCACUUUUAGUAGAAAUACCAAGAAUUUAAGGGAUAUUAAGAAUAAUUUACCAUCUCAUCCUUUAAAGGUGAUCUUUGCAAACAGAUUUCAAAUGCAUUGUUAGGACAGGUGAGAAAUCCAGCAUGAAAUAAAAGAUUCUCCAGUAAUGGUCAAAAAUCACCCAUCACAAUUUACAAUAACAUUAUUAAGAACGGGACAGCAUACUGUAGAAUGCUGAAGUAUUUUCAAUAUAGGUAGUUUCAAGUGCUGUCAAUAUGGCACCUUUCACAAGCACUAAAUUCACUUUAAAAGAAAAAUAGGAAUGUCAAGUGAUGCUGAGGGAUCCCAGCCCGAAGAAAUUCUAAGCCUUUGGUAUGUCGAAUGCAUUUGAAGUUUUUGACUUAUUUUGCAUCUCCGCUCCUAAAAUACUCCAAACAUCCAGUGCAAUCUAUUGGAGUUUGGGGGUGUCAGAGGAAUACAGGAUCAAGCAUUUGCCAUUUUGUAAGGAAAAGCCAUUUAAAUCACAAGUCUCGUAUAUUAAAGUGAUUCUAUCAACUUCUGUUCACAAUUACACAUCAAAUUAUAUGAAGCUAUAUUGGGCCAUAUGGAAGCUCUGUGGGCCAGAUCCUCAAUGGAGCGUCUUUGAUUUCCAGCAGCUGAAGAUCUGGCCCACGAAUUUUUGCAAAGCACAUGAACACAGUGACAACAGUUAUUUCAAAGUCUUCAGAUCUGGCACAAAGCUCAUUGUUUCAAACAUACAAGCAAAAUUCGAUUCCACAAAGAUACAGGUCCUGCCUCCUUCUACUGAACAAGAUGGGAAAGUAUCAUACAUGUGCCUCAUUCAAGAUUUUUACCCAAAUGUUAUUAAGGUGACUUGGGAAGUCGACAAGAAGAAUGUAGAAGAAAAUGCAGUGCAUGAGGAAAUUUGGGACCCUGAUACCAAUCAACAAUUAUACUCAAUGAGCAGCUGGCUGACCGUAGAUAAAAAUAGCAACAAGAAUUAUCGUUGCAAAUAUCAACAUGAAAGCAAAGAAGGUUCUCGCCCAAUUGAAUCUCCAGACACCUCCGUAGUGUCUCAAACCACAGAAAGUUGUAUCAACAAACCUGAAAAUGGCACCACGCUUUCCACAGAUAUUACAGACAGUUUCAUGCACAGGACGGCGUAUUUAAUAUAUAUUGUCCUACUCCUUAAAAGCACCACGUACUACGUCAUCGUACUCUUCUUCAUAUACAGGAUGCAAAGUCCAAUCAAGCACCGGGGAAAGAAACCUUAAACUUCUCCUUACAACUUCCAACGUCAGCAUUUGUGUCUGAAAUUUGCUUUGCUUUGCCUGUCAUAAGAAACACCUUGCUCUAAAUAUUAAGACAUGCAUUUCAAUUUGAUUUGGUUGGCUAUUUCUCUAAUUAGCACAGAUGGCUUCUUCUGCUUGAGAGCGAACAGUUUUAUAUGUGACCACAUUUCCUAUUUUAUUAUUUUAAUUUUGUAACUGUGGAACUUCAAGGGCUGAGGCUACACUCCUUGAUUUCAAUAGGAAUUUUGCAUCACAAAGUAGUGCAGAACCAGUCUCUUAGGCCCUUACCCUGCAAAAACACAAAGAACUUUUUGGUUGUGGAUAGGCCAACUGCAUUCAGUGAAGUCAAUGGGAAAACUCGUCCCAUAAAUAUUUGCAGGUGUGGAGUCCUAAUCUAGAAUUUAAAAAUAUUUUCAUUUCUUUCUAUUAAUUACACUUAUUUGCUCUAUAAAACAAAAAGAGUCUUCUGAAAUAUGACUAAUUUUUUUUAACUGAAACAUUAAUGGAUUUUAAAUAAAAUUCAGCAUGGCA